AUGAAGAAGAACAAAUACGAAAGCCAAGAAGAAGAUGAUGAUGAUGAGGAGGAUGAUCGAGAAGAAGGCGUUAUUCCGGAGAUAGUGACGAAUCGGAUGAUUAGCAGAAUGGGCUUUUCUGUGGGGAUCCCACUUUUUAUUGGGCUCUUGUUCUUCCCCUUCUUCUACUAUCUCAAGGUUGGGCUGAAAAUCGAUGUUCCCACCUGGGUGCCCUUCAUCGUGUCCUUUGUCUUCUUCGGGGCAGCGCUUUUAGGGGUCAGUUACGGGAUUGUGUCCGCCAGCUGGGACCCGUUGAGGGAAGGCUCGCUGCUGGGCUGGAAUGAGGCCCGGAAGAAUUGGCCCGUUUUCUGGGGGUCGAUCUGGGGAGGGUCCAAGAACAAGUCGUGA